CUUUUUUCUUUUUUAAAGAAAAAUAAUAUAUCCAUAUACUAUAUUAAUGACACAACAAAAGGAGCAUAAAUUUCAUUUUGAUACACUUCAAUUACACGCUGGUCAGUUACCUGAUCCUACUACGAAUGCACGCGCAGUUCCUAUUUAUGCAACUUCAUCUUAUGUUUUCAAUAACACUGAACAUGGUGCAGACCUUUGUGCACUUCGAGCUAAUGGCAAUAUUUAUUCAAGAAUUCAAAACCCUACGAAUGAUGUAUUUGAAAAACGUAUGGCAGCACUUGAAGGAGGCGUUGCUGCUACAGCAGUAUCAUCUGGCCAGGCAGCUCAGUUUCUUACAAUUACCACAAUUUGUAAAGCAGGAGAUAAUAUUGUUUCUUCUUCAAGACUCUAUGGUGGUACUUAUAACCAAUUCAAGGUUACUUUCCCUCGUUUAGGUAUUCAAACCAAGUUUAUAGAAUCGAAUGAUCCAGAAGCUUUUAAAGAAGCUAUUGAUGUCAAUACUAAACUCAUUUAUGUGGAAAGUAUCGGAAAUCCUCAAUUUUCUGUACCUGACUUUAAAAGAUUGGCUGACAUUGCACAUGCAGCUGGAAUCCCCUUUGUAGUUGACAAUACAUUUGGUGCAGGUGGAUAUAUUGUAAGACCUAUUGAGCAUGGAGCUGAUAUCGUUGUUCAUUCAACUACAAAGUGGAUUGGAGGACAUGGAACUACAAUUGGUGGUAUUGUGAUUGAUGCUGGUAAAUUUAAUUGGGAUAAUGGUAAAUUCCCUGAAUUUACGGAGCCCUCUCUAAGCUACCAUGGUAUGAAAUUCUGGGACAUGUUUGAACAUUUGGCCUUCAUAUAUCGUCUUCGAAUUGACAUACUUCGAGACAUUGGAGCUUGUCAAAACCCUUUUGCCUCCUUUUUAUUACUGCAGGGACUUGAAACACUUUCGUUUCGUGUUCAAAGACAUAACCAAAAUGCUCUUGCCUUGGCUGAAUGGCUUGAUGCUCGAUCUGAUGUUGCUUGGGUCUCUUAUCCUGGUUUAAUCAAUCAUCCAUCUCAUGAAACUGCUAAAAGAUAUUUAAAUGGAUAUGGAGGUGUCCUGACGUUUGGCAUUCAUGGUGCUUUAAACUGUUUUAUUGACUCUGUUCAAUUGGCUUCUCAUUUGGCUAACGUGGGUGAUGCAAAGACUUUAGUGAUCGCACCUUCCUUGACUACGCAUCAACAGUUGAGCGAUGAAGAACAAGCUUCUACAGGGGUCACGAAGGAUAUGAUUCGAGUUUCAGUUGGCAUUGAGCAUAUUGAUGAUAUUAAAUGGGAUUUUCAUCAAGCACUCGAAAAAGCUAAUAAUCAAACAAAGUCUUUUACCACUCAUUAUCCAAAAUGAUACUGCUCUUAAGAAGGAAAUUAACCAAAUUAUCGAACAUGUAAAAUUACCUUAUUUCUUUCGAAAAAAAAAACAGUUUUCCUUUCGCUUAUUAAAUAAUAAAGGAACCCCCCUAUUGUUUAUUGCAUAAUUUA